AUGGUCGCGAGCACUGGCAAUGACGCCUACAAAGCCGUUGCCGCGAACGGCAAUGGCAAGGCGCUUUUGAACCGAACGAAGAGGCGUGUCGCCGAGACCAACGGCGACGAGAAGGUUGCUAAGCGGCCACGAGUCUAUGAACAGACCGACAAAACACGAUGGCGAAUGAAGGACGACUGCGGCCGGCUCACCUGGCAUUAUCUCGAGGACGACGAGGCUGCCAAAGAAUGGCCCCAGACCUUGGCCGAUAAGUGGUAUCUCGGGCUGCCUCUUAAUCUCCCCGAACUCCCCCGUGCGAAGAAACCCAUCGAUGCUGUACGGAAUGGCCUCGAGGUUUUCGAAAAGUUCCAGCUGCCACCCGGUGAGUGGGGUAGUGAAUACGGUGGGCCCAUGUUCCUUCUUCCAGGCAUUGUCUUCACUUGGUACAUCACCAAGACUUUGCCCCCGUGGUACUACGCGGCCGAGAUCAAGAACUAUCUCUUCGCUCGAGCUCACCCGAAGGAUGGCGGGUGGGGUUUGCAUAUUGAGGGUGAAAGCACCGCGUUUGGUACAUCGAUGAACUAUACUGCUCUACGGUUGUUGGGAGUUGAGGCAGACCACCCGGUCAUGGUCAAGGCACGGGCAACACUUCACAGACUAGGAGGUGCCACCCACGGGCCACAUUGGGCCAAGUUCUGGCUCAGCGUUCUCGGCGUCUGCAAAUGGGAUAUUGUGAAUCCUGUCCCCCCUGAGAUAUGGCUGUUCCCCGACUGGGUGCCGAUUGCGCCUUGGCGGUGGUGGAUACAUAUGCGUCAAGUCUUUGCAGCUAUGAGCUUCAUCUGGUCAAAGAAAUGGACGUGCGAAGAGACCGAGGUCAUACGAGAGUUGCGGGACGAGUUAUUCGUUGAGCCUUGGGAAUCAAUCAACUGGGCUGCUAAUAGAAACACAAUAGCACCAAUCGACAACUAUCACCCAAAGAGUUGGGUACUCAACACUCUGAACUGGCUCCUGAUCAAUGUCUGGAACCCAUACCUUCGAACAGACUCCAUCGCAAAGAGGGCCGAGGAUUGGAUUAGCAAACUACUGGACAUGGAAAUCGAGAACACAAACUAUCUUUGCCUAGCACCUGUCAAUCACCCCAUGACAACUCUGUGCGUAUACAUCCGGGAUGGGCCCGACUCUUACAAGUUCAAACGAAUGCGAGAGAGAAUGGCCGAGGUUGUGUGGGUCAAUCAGGAGGGGCUCUUGGUCAACGGCACAAACGGUGUCCAGUCUUGGGACACCGCAUUCGCUAUUCAGGCCGUUGUUGACUCCGGUCUUGCAGAAGACGAACGGUGGAAGCCCAUGUUGACAAAGGCAUUGGAGUUCCUCGACGAUCAGCAAAUUCGGGAAAAUUGCGUUGACCAAGACAAGUGCUACCGCCAUCCGCGGAAAGGCGCAUGGGCUUUCAGCAACAAGGAUCAGGGCUAUGCCGUCAGCGAUUGCAUUUCAGAGGCUCUAAAAUCGGUGAUUCUUCUCCAGAAGACGCCAGGUUAUCCCCAGCUCAUCGACGAUCAACGGAUUUUCGAUGCGGUUGACACUGUCCUCACCUACCAAGACAAGGCUUCUGGUGGAUGCGCUUCGUAUGAACUUCCCAGGGGUGGCGAGUAUAUGGAGCUACUCAAUGCCGCCGAGGUGUUCGGAAGGAUCAUGAUCGAGUACUUGUACCCGGAGUGUACUACUGCAGUGGUUACAGCGCUUUCGCUGUUUCAUAAGCACUGGCCGGAUUACAGGUCUAAGGAGAUUGAGACAUUUAUUGAUGGUGCUGUGAGUUGGAUUAAGACUGCGCAGUUCCCCGACGGUAGCUGGUACGGAAGCUGGGGCAUUUGUUUUACGUAUGCCACCAUGUUUGCAUUAGAGAGUCUAUCAAGCAUCGGCGAGACGUAUGGGAACAGCGAGCAUGCCAAGAAGGGCUGCGACUUCUUGAUCUCUAAGCAAAGGAAAGAUGGCGGAUGGUCAGAAAGCUACAAGUCUUGUGAACAAAGCAAGUACAUAGAGCACCCUUCUGGAUCACUUGUGGUGCAGACAUCUUGGGCCAUUAUCGGUCUCCUGAAAGCCAAAUAUCCAGAUAAGGAGCGGAUCAAGAAGGGCAUCAAACUCCUCAUGCAGAGACAGCAGCCAGAUGGACAGUGGCUCCAGGAGGCCAUUGAGGGAGUCUUCAACAAAAGCUGCAUGAUCAGCUAUCCAAACUAUAAAUACGAAUUCCCAAUCAAAGCCCUCGGGAUGUUCGCCCAGAAAUAUCCCGAUGAGGUGGUUCUUUAA